GCCGUACUGGCGGUGUUACUACUCAAAUACAGAUGCCGUCAUCUACGUCGUGGACAGCUGCGAUCGCGACAGGAUUGGCACUUCCAAGUCGGAGCUUGUUGCUAUGUUGGAGGAAGAAGAGCUGAAGAAAGCCAUUUUGGUGGUGUUUGCAAAUAAGCAGGACAUGGAGCAGGCCAUGACUCCCACAGAGAUGGCAAACGCGCUUGGCUUACCGGCUCUGAAGGACCGCAAGUGGCAGAUCUUCAAAACCUCUGCGACCAAAGGCACGGGGCUUGAUGAGGCGAUGGAGUGGUUGGUGGAGGCCUUGAAGAGCAGGCAGUGA